AUUCUUUUGUGGAAUAUAGUCGACCAAGUUAUACUCGUCUAAUUCUCAUCUGAAAAAACACUCGGCACAAUGAAAUGGACCGUUCUCGUUACUAUGGUGGCUUGUUUUGGUCACCACUCACUGGCGCAGACAUAUGACUACGGUAUCGAUACGAGUCACUUCGCUAAAAGACAAAACUCUGCUACUCGAAUUGUAGUCGGCAAGCUUCCCUUAGCUGCUGAUGGAAGUAUUCCUGUUCGACCAGACAUCCGAGACCUCCAGAAGAACAAGUACGCAUGGGACCUGUACAUUUUGUCUCUGAGCAUGUUUCAGUAUAUUGGACAGGACAACCCACUAUCAUUCUACCAGAUCGCUGGUAUUCAUGGCGUUCCGUUUAAGACGUGGAAUGGAGUCGAGCCAGUUGAAGGGGCUAGCCAGUCUGGAUACUGCACGCAUAGCUCUGUGCUAUUUCCCAUGUGGCAUCGGCCCUAUCUUGCUCUCUACGAGCAACAACUAUAUAAGCUGGCCAACGGGAUUGCUGGUCUGUUUCCGGACCCAACCGAGCGGGCUCAGUACCAGCAAGCCGCAGCUACAUUCCGAAUACCGUAUUGGGACUGGAGCAUCAUGGCCCCCCAAGGACAGACGCAUCUCCCAGAAGCCCUCUGGAGCCCAUUGAUUUCUCAAUACGGGCCAAAUGGGGUACAAAAUAUUAGAAAUCCGCUCUACUCUUACGUUUUUCAUCCACUUGACGUCGCUGAGCUCAUAUGGGACCCAAUUAACAAAUGGAAUGAAACAAAACGCUAUCCAGACAUGGGUUUUAGUAAAACGGCGCCUCCAUCGAAAAACGAACAAGCUAGUUCAGCCCUCUUGGCUAAGCUCCCUGAACUCCAGCAGCGCCUCUUCACCCUCUUUUCAAAUUACCACGAUUACAACUCUUUCAGCAAUAAAGCUUGGGCAGCAUCUCAGAACCUGUCUACCAUGGAAUCUAUUGAGAGCAUUCAUGAUGUGAUACAUGUUGUCAGCGGCGGUAAGGGCCAUAUGACGUAUGUCCCUCUCUCGUCAUUUGAUCCUCUCUUCUUUCUGCAUCACGCCAUGACGGAUAGACUGAUUUCCAUGUGGCAAGUCUUAAACCCUACCGCGUGGGUAGCGCCCAUGGCUGCAGGGGAAACUACGUAUACCGUGUUGAAAGGUACUAUCGAAACCUCGACUACACCAUUGACCCCAUUCUUCGCAUCAGUUGACGGUACCUUUUGGACGUCCGAUACAUCUCGUACCACAGAGACAUUUGGCUAUGUAUACCAAGACGUCGGAGCGCAUGCCAAGUUUAAUGAAGAGUCACGCCAAGCAUUAGUCAAAAAGAUUAAUGCGUGGUAUGGUGGCUCGAGCCCAAUGGGCCUCCGAGCAAAGGCACGACAGUCAUUGACAAGCAGGUCCCUUUCUCGAACACGAAGCCGGAAGGCUUUGACAUCGAGGUAUCGUCCAGACAUCAAACUGAAUGCAGAAUCCCCAGCAGUUGAUGCUGCUCUCACCGACGGGGAAUACUUCGAGUGGAUUGCCAAUGUGCAGGUCAAUGUAGAGGCUCUCGACGGAUCUUUCACGGUACAUUUUUUCCUCGACGAAGCAUCAGGUGACGGCCGCAGUUGGUUUACCGAUCCUAAUCACAUAGGCUCUGUGCCAAUAUUCAUCAUGAAUCGCAACACCGGAUCCCUGGCCAAAGUAUCUGGGACUCUGCCGUUAACGACAACACUGAUGAAGUUGGUAUCUGUGGGGCAAAUUUCCAGUCUAUCAAGUUUAGAGGUCGUCCCAUUUCUACGCGAGCGUCUGCGGCCUGUUGUUUUAAACAGGCAAGAACGGCAAAUCCCGCUCGAACAAGUUGAGGGCCUGCAGAUCGACAUCAGCAGCUCAAGAGUAACAAUACCGAUAAACGACACAGAAUUCCCCGCCUGGGGAAGAAGCACACACCAGUUGCAUCUUUGGAGGUGAUGCAUUAAUAUCAGUUUCUCUUCUUUUGGAGGAUGGUGAGUCUCACAUUUUUUUUAGCUUCCAGAGGAGGAAUAUUUUACCACAUUGCCGCUUAUGCCAUAAUGUACUUAGCAUAGCUCCAUUCGUAUCUAGAGUUUGGAUAGUCGACUAAUAUGAACUAACUCUACUCUAUCAGAAUUUUUCGAACCCCAGUGACGAAUGAAUUGUUGAUAAUCAGGGCAGAAGGGUGACGAGAUUCUGCUUGGAGCACCUUUGGAGAGGGAAUUCAAGCUUGCCCUCAGUACCUUGCCUCCAAGCCGAGGUAAUUUUCAUUACUGUGUAUUGUUUUAGCCCUGGUUCAUUCACUUGGUUUAGUCCAAAGACCAGUUUGUAUUAGUAGUAAGUAUAAAUUCAGGCUAGUUAUUGUUUUUCGUUAACCAUUCCUUCUUCAACCCAU